AUGGCCGACGACGUCAUCGCCGAUAUCUCCUCAGAUGAUGGCGAGGCCCAGGAGCAGCCAGCGGCAGCCAAGGGGCCAGUGACGCCACCACCUGAAGAGACGGCUCAUGUGAAUGCUAGUGGUGACGGGCCGACCCCAAUUCUUGAUGCUCCCGGCGCGGAGGAGGAGAUCGACCUCGACUAUGCUGAAGAUCUACCACGUGCCGAGGAGGAAGAGGGUGAGGCGGAGACGUCUCCUGACAACGGAAAUGAAAAUGAGAAUGAGAAUGAAGAUGGGGCUGCCAGCGACUCGGAGGACGGCGAAAUCAAGAGUGAUGGUGAGGUAUCGGAAGACGAUACUUCAAAGGAGAAGGCACCCAAAAAGGAGCGCGAGGACGGGGAGCUCGAAGAUGGUGAGAUCACGGAUUCAGACGAUGACGCCAUCGUUGUCAACAUGAAGCAAAAGCUGCUCCGCAAAUCCGACCAGAAAAAGAUGGAUCCAGAUUUUGAGGAGAAACGCAAAUAUGGGCGGCUUUCCGGCGAACAGGACUGGGCCAACGAUAGCGAUGACGAAAAAAUUCCCUCGCUCCUCUCCAUCGAAGUUGGCGCACCCCGGCGUAAAGCUGCUCGUUACAAGGGAUACGAUUUGGCCAAUGAGCUCGGCCCGCAAUGCACGUAUCCGGAUCGCGGCAGUCAACAAAAACGUCCUGACGGGCGUCGUCCCAGCUCUCCAUCUCGCCGUGCCCGCACCGGAAGCAACAUGACACCCGUGUCUUCCCGCAGUGGCUCCGGCUCCAGAUCGCCCAGUCGCAACAAGAGCGGAAGGAAACGAAACGGGCGCAGUGGUUCCGGCAGUCGCACACCUACAAACGACCUGACUACAUAUCGGAUUCCCAAGCGAAAGGGCAGACGCUCUCGAUCUCCAUCAGCUGACCGCCGCUCGCCGUGGCGUGACAUGGAUCCGAAUGGCCCGGCGAUGCUCCGACCAAGGCGUGCCCAAUACAACCAACGGAAUCAAGCACCGCCUCCCCCGCGUCGUGAACCGAAUCAACCGAUUGAUCUGCAGCCGACUGGUGCUGAAGAUAUCAGUGAUGACGAGCUGAAGCCAGUCUCCUCUGGCUCUUCCCGAUCAUCGUCACGCUCAUCUUCACGUUCCUCAUCGUCUUCUUCUGGAUCAUCUUCGGACGCCAGCUCCCGCUCUACAAGCCCGGCCCUGCCUGCCAAAUACCGCACCGUCAACUCGGCCUCACCGUCGGCUGUUAGCGCCGAGAAGCCGAAAAAGAGCCUGACUCCUCCGAAAACCCGUGUGCGAUCGCCGGCACCGAAGCGCAUCCGGAAAGCGCGCACUCCAUCGGCCAGUCCUCCUCCACCUCCACCACCACCACCACCGCCCGCUCCUCCCCGCGAUGAUCAUCGCCGUCGGGAAGAGCGCUUUGUGCGGCAGCCAGUGCAGCCGAAACAACGUCAAAAGACCAAAGAGGAAUUGCUGGAGGAACUUCGCCGCGUCGAGGAGCGUCUCCAGCGCAAACGUAGACAGGCGGCCAUG